AUGGCCAAUAGUGUAAACAUGGCCAGUAGCCCGUGUUUGUAAAAGUCUGUAAGGAAUUGGUAGAAGCUUGUAGCAACUUUGCAAAAUCUCGUAUCGGUGUAUACUGAAUUAACCUUAAUGUCUCAAAUAGGAGAUAGUCUUUGUAAGCCCGAGGUUAUGGAAGAACAGGAACAAUUCUUAUUUACAUAUGACGAAAUCGGCACCGUUCUGAGAACGGUCGGACGUAAUUUGAAUAACUUUACGGUGGAUUGUUCGGCGAGUACUACCAUGGCUGAUCCAUACCCUGGAGAAGAUGGGGCAGAAGUGACGUCUCGAACUCUCGGUUUGAAAGAUGAUGUUACUGCAAUGUUUGGACCUCAGGCUGUAUUCAAGAAAGGAGUGGAUAGCUAUGACAAUGUAGAACCUUUGUACAACGAACUAUACAAACGGUGGCUCGAGCAACGGGACCAAUUGGAGCAAGCACAGGAAGAGAUUAUCAGACUGAGGAAUCAAGUAAUUGAUUCCAGGUUGAGUUACCAGCAUUGAAGAAGAGUCUAGGAUUGAUUAAUCUGACGACAGUGAUGAGAAAAAAUGCUUGUGCAACCAUUCAUGGUGAUAUAUGACUGUUUUAAGGUUACAUCUCCGGUUACACCUGUUCUAGGUAAUGCAUCAAAGUACAUUUUGUGCCAGCCUUGGAGCUGUGCUAGGAAAUUUGGUAUGGCAUGCGUCCCGCUUUCCUCAUGUUGUAGAAUUAUGGCUAUCCAAGUUUCAGGCAAAACUUGGGGAGUUCUUGUGCAUUGUAAAUGGAACCUUCGUUUCCUUUAUAAACACGUAUGGUUCUGUAUUUCCCUCUGAAAACAGCGAUGAGUUUCAAUUUGUAAAGGGUCUCUGUGGUAUCGUGACAAAUCUAUCGGCAAGCCCUGGAGGUCGUCAGUUUUUGGUUACACAUCCAAAUGGAAAAAAUUUGCUGCAGAAGAUGGUAAAACUGAUGCCUGUGGUACCGUUACCUACGGGCAACUCGUUAGCAAGAUUGAUCUUGAUGCUUUUGUACAAUGUCAGUAUAAAUAAAUCAGGCCUGCAAUAUUUGAUAGAACUUCGUAUCUGUCAAAUACUUGGCCCAUACCUCAGUGAUUCAAUUUCGGCUGAACUGAAGCACCUCUCCUUGCGACUACUGCAAUCUAUUACCUUCGAGCUUAGAGAUGAAUUGACCAUUGAUGAUAUUCUAACGAAAGUCACUGUAACAAGAAUUCAAGAACUUGUAAAAACAGAAACGGAAAUAGUUUCAUCAAUUGCCAAAGAGGUCAUUUUAAAUCUCAAAAACUGCCAAUCUUCUCUCAUCUAUGACGGACGUUUUUGUCAAGAUCGACUCGAUAAGCGGACCUGGGGCCGUAUAAAACCGUAUCAGCGAUCCGGUAGCUUUUUCAUUUACGGAACCCGUUCAAUACGCAAACCCAUAAGACAGACAAAACCUCAUUAGGGUUACCGUCUUUAACAGUUUUCAGUCAACGUAUUGUCCCUGUCGGGCUACCAGCAUCAAUGUUUGAGGCUAUAAAGUUUCUUAGAAAGAGGGAUCUGCACAUGUUAUCUAGUGGAAGAUCAGUUUAUGACUAAUUAAAAUAACUACGAAUUGUAAUUUCAAUUGUACAAAUAGGAAAGUAACAUCACUUGAUUCAGAGACUGAACUAAAGUUAACUAAAAUAUUUAAGAUUAAUGUGAAUAAUGAAAAAUUUGAUAAAAAUUUACCAACAUUAAGAUACACUAUGUCAGGCGCGUAUCAUACAACUAGAGACAGGUAAAUCUUAAAGGCCAAGGCCCGCUGUUGCGGAACAGCGCGGAUCCACACAACACUGAACGGUGUCGCACGGUACGGAACUUUUAAUGUAACACAGUAAUAAGACCGUUAGGCGCACAACGGUAUAGUCCAUUCCGUUAUAACUCACAUGCAUGAGACCAAAGAUUUCAUGCGAUUACUAUCCGCAGCGGAUCCCAAUAAUGGAAGAUAAAUCCGUGAAUCAAUCCUUUUCUGAAGAUUUCGGUUUGAAAUUGAUUAAAAAAAAAAAAAAUGUAUAUCAUGCCAGGUUCAAUUCCUAUUGAUUCCUAUGAAUCUGAAAUGUUCAAAAACGGGAUUCACCGAUUUAUCAUCGAUUAUUGCGAUCAGCUGUGAAUAGUAAUCGUCAAAAACCUGGUCUCAUACAAGUGCGAGUUAUAGUGGAAUUAUAUCGUUUUACGCUUAACGGUCUCAUUACUGCAUUACACUAAAACUUCCAUACCGUGCGGCGCCGUUCCGUUCCGAGCGGGUCCGCGAUGUUCUGCAACGAUGGGCGUUGGAUUUAAUACUACUCAUGUUGUCAGUUACCAGUACAUGUUUUUGAACUCGUAUUGUGAGAGAAAACUGAUUA